AUAGUGAAACCCCUCCGGCUGCACAACAUACUGCUCUCUCUCUCUGUCUCACACACACACACACACACACUCCUACAGCUCUCACACACUAAUAUCUUCACCAUUCUUUUUUUACAAUGACAUUAGAAAACUAACAAACAAAGGAUGGAACCAAUAACCAAGUGGACUACAACUCAGGUUGUCAUUUGGAUGAGAGGACUGGAUGACAGUCUCCAGCAGUACAUCCAGAACUUUGAAAAGGAGAAGAUUGAUGGCCAGCAGCUAUUGAAGAUCUCCCACCAGGACCUGGAGGAGCUUGCCGUGCGCCGUGUUGGCCACCAGGAGCUCAUCCUAGAAGCUGUGGAUCUUCUCUGUGCUUUGAACUAUGGCAUCGAGACCGAAAAUCUGAAGACCCUAGUCGGCCGGAUGAGAGCGACUUCUAAUAACCUGCAGAACUGUGCUUCAGAGAGGAGGAGAAGCCCGUCGAAUGACAGCAGUAGUUCAAACAAACCACCCAACGAGUUCCUGACUGAGGUGGUGGAGCUUAUAGGAGCAGCUAAGGGUAUGCUGGCCUGGCUGGACAGGACACCGCUGACAGGCAUCAGUGACUUCAACUCUAUCAAGAACAGGAUCAUCCAGCUGUGUUUGGAGCUCACCACCACUGUGCAGAAGGACUGUGCUGUGUAUGAAAUGGAGGAGAAGAUACUAGAAGUAGCUCGAGUUUUAACCGGAGUCUGUGAGGCGACCAGGAGGACGACCUUUGACCCCCUGAAGAGUCGCACUACCUGUCUGGAGGAGGUCCACAUCACUGAUGUCAAACCAGAAGAAGGGCUAGGAAUGUACAUCAAGUCCACAUACGACGGGCUGCAUGUGAUCACUGGAACCACAGAAAAUUCUCCAGCAGACAGAACCCAGCACAUCCAUGCCGGAGACGAAGUGGUGCAGGUCAACCGGCAGACAGUGGUGGGCUGGCAUCUGAAGAACCUCGUUUCCAAAAUGAAGGAGAAUCCACAUAGUGUGAUGCUCACACUGAAGAAGAGACCUUCAGGUACAGGAAACUUCACUCCUGCUCCACUGAAGAACAUGCGCUGGAGACCUCCAGCUGUGCAGAGUGCUCCUCCUAGCCAGACUGCUCACUGUUCCAAUGUAGAAAGUUCAGCUAAGAAAGAGAAGCCAGCCAUUUUGGACCUGUACUUACCCCCACCUCCAGCUGUGCCCUACAUGCCACGAGAUGUAAAGGAUGGCACACGUUCACAGGUCAGAAUGAGGCAAAAAGCUCCUGAAUCCCCGAACUCCUCUCUAGACCGAGCUGCGAGACGACGCUCUAAUCUCAUAGACUACAUCAGCAAACCCAACAACUGCAUCUCUCCUCCAGAGCCCGCCAUUCCGCAGGCUCGACUCCGCCAGCGCACGCCCUCCAGAGGGAAGCCGCGGCCCAUGUCUAUGCCUGCAGACACGUGUGUGGGCCUGUCUGAUUCCCCCUGGGCUUUUGGAAGAAAAGGUGAAGAUGUCUUACGCAUGUACAUGAGUAAUGAGCGCAUUCCUCCCAUCACUGAAGAAGCGUGUUUUCCCGUGCCGUACCGGCCAGCCAGUGAGAAGCAACUCCUACGUGGGGUCGACCACAUCCGCGGCAGUCAGUGCUUCAUCAACGCCGACCUGCACAGCAGCGCCACCGUGCUGUACCGAGACACCACACACCGCAAGAGCCGGACCACACGUUCCUCCAAGAGAUCCUCAGAGCUUUCAGCUCUCAGCGCCUGGUUCGCUCGACUGAAGCUCUUCACACGUGGAGUUUGUCAAAUUUUUACUAGUUUCUUCUGUUUGUUAUUCAAAAUGAGCACUAACGUGUUUCUGGAAGCCAUUUUAUACACUACCUGGAAGCUUCACUUAUUCCACUGUUGGCUUCAGAGUUUGUUGUCCUCUGAUGUUAAUCCUGCAGAGCUGACAGACAUGCCGGUGUCAUUUCCACUACAAGACUUUCCCUCUGCAACUUGUCAUGGUGAUGCCGUGAUGAGUCGGAGGAAAGUCUCGGUGAAGGAGCUGGGACAGGUGGACUGUCAUGGCUGGCUUUACAAAAAGAGAGAGAGCCGAGCUUUCCUGAGGACCAAAUGGAAGAAAUACUGGGUCGUGUUGAAGGAAUGCUCUCUGUACUGGUACACAAGUGUGUUGGCUCUGAAAGCUGAAGGCUACAUCAACCUGAGAGGCUUCACUCUGGACCAGGCGCAUGAAUGCAAGAGGAAGUUUGCUAUAAAGGCCAGCCACCCGCAGGUCGUGACUCUCUUCUUUGCAGCCGAGAACUCACAAGAUAUGUACAAGUGGUUGAGUAAGUUAACUGCAGCCUCUAACAAGGAAGACCUUCCAGAAGUCAGUACUGCUGAGUGUUACAGUGAAGACAGUGAGGAUGAGGAUGAUGUUGAAGAAGCAGGAGCCCAGUACAAUGAGCAACUAACCACCAGCUCUGUCAAUGGCUGUCUUCCUCCACCACGCUCCAGCUCAUCCCCUUGCCAGGACAUGCUCCCCCUUGUGUCUCCGGUGUGUAACACCUCGGAGUGUGUGAGUUCAGACAGCGAAUCGUGGCUGGAGCUCAGCUCUGAGUCUCAGGGCCCGAUGAGUGUCAGCGAGCAUAGUGCCAUCGGCCGGCUUCAGGAUUACCAUGGCAAUGAACACCCACCAUCUGAUGAGCUAGAGAUGCUGUAUCUGCACCUCAAACAGGCCAACCUGUCCCCAUGCGGAGAGCUGCAACCUGUGACUAAGCGGGACUACAGAUCAUCAUUCAUCCGACGCUGCAAAAACGACAACAUCAACGAGAAGCUGCACCUGGUCCGAGCUCUCAACAGUACUUUAAAGGCCAAAGAAGCAGACCUCCUGGCUCUUGAGCAGGUUCUAGCAGAUUCAACAUUAGAUGGUAAUAAGUACAGACGGUGGAAGAGUGCAAAUGUUGUCCUGCUAGAAGAAAUCACCCAGAAAAUAAGGACAGUCGAGGUACAACCAAAUGCUCAUCCCGAACAGGGGCCAUCCUCCACACCGGUUGUGUUCGUAGAGACCAGCCUGUGAGCAUGUAUAGAAUAUAUAUAAUUUAGCUUGUUUUUCACUUUUAAUCAUAGUUUUUUGUUUAUUUAAUGAGCUUUUAAAUGUGUGUUAAGCAGGAAUGUUGUAAACUGUCAUCUAGAAACAUUUACCCUGUUGCACAAGCGGUUUUCACUAGAUGAUUGUAAAAUGCUUCUUAAGUUCAACCACCACUCUUUAUCGCACAGCUUGAAGUUAGACAUGAUACAGGCAUGAUUUAGAGUAUAAAAUGGAAAACCUUGCAGAUUUUUUUAAACUCAUUCAGACUUUGUCAAAUAUCAGUCUCAUUAACACAUUUGGACACUAACUUGUUGCUCUCUUUUUUUCAUUCUUUCAAAUUUUGAAGAAUGUUUCGAAUGAAAGCUACAGAAUUUAAACCAACAACUAGCAUCAAAUUACUAGUUUGAUUGUUUUAAUAUGUAUGUAUUUUCUGUAAAUAAAUCUCAAAUGUCUUCUAUGUCA